GCUCCGCUUUAAGAUGACCGUGACGAGCAUGGCGAAGCCCCGACGCCUAGGGUUUCCGAUUUAGCUUUCUCUGCCCUUCGUUUCGACGACCUCCGAUCCCUAUCGGUCGUGCUCGCCAUUUGCGGCUCAAACGCUGUCGUCGUCGAAAGGAUUGGGUCAGUUCGAUUCGCCUCUUCCCGUCUCCUCCUCCAUGGGUCGUGCUUGGUCGUCGUUGCCUGGAUCGUCUGAUAUGGUUAUCUUUCUUGGUUCAUGAGGCGUUGCUGUGAGGUUACCUGGAUCAUGCAUUAGUUGUUUUGCUGGCUUGUCAAAAUGGAUAGACAACCAAGCCCUGAAAUAGAUGGUGAGCUUUUUGAUGAAAUUUAUGGGAAGGAAUAUGCUGGUCCUCUGCGUUCAAAAUCUGACUCUGCCACACCAAAAGGAGAUACAAACAAGAGGCCCUUUUCUGGUAGUCCAUCUGAUGAGGAAGAUGAGCCUCGAGAUCCUAAUGCUGUACCAACUGAUUUUACGAGCAGAGAGGCGAAGGUUUGGGAGGCUAAAGCCAAGGCGACUGAAAGGAACUGGAAGAAAAGAAAAGAUGAAGAAAUGAUAUGCAAGAUCUGUGGAGAGAGGGGUCAUUUUACUCAGGGAUGCCCAUCUACUCUUGGAGCAAAUCGUAAAUCCACAGAUUUUUUUGAAAGAGUUCCAGCAAGAGACAAGAAUGUGAGAGCUCUUUUCUCUGAUAAGGUGAUAAAUCAAAUUGAAAAGGAUAUUGGAUGUAAGAUAAAAAUGGAUGAGAAGUUUCUGUUUGUCAGUGGAAGGGAUAGAUUAGUUUUGGCAAAAGGUGUAGAUGCUGUGCAUAAAGUGAUUCAGGAUGGUAAGGAUAGAAAGAGAAGUCCAAGUAAUUCAAACAGAUAUGACUCCAGAUCACUUGAUGGAAGUCCCAAAGGUUCUCAAUUAAGACGCUCUGAAUCUCAGAGAUCUCAUUCUAGUCCUAGAAGCACGUCGCGCAUCCCAGGCAGGGGUUUUAACCGGGAAAGGCCCGCAAAUGAUAAUGUACGUCAAGAGCUGCGUAAAAUGUCUAGGGGCUCUCCACGAGCUUACUUUAAUGGAGGAGGAAAAGGCCGUCCAGCACCAUCAAAAUCUCCUCUCCAUUCGACUUCUGGUCGUGAUGCAUUUAAAUCAUAUGAUGGACGCAAUCAUCGUACUUCAAUGCAUGACCACAGCUGGGAUAUUGAGAGACAGAGAAUGGAUUCCCACUCUGAGCAUAAGUUUGACUUUUCUAACUACCCUCGAUACUUAGAAGAACUUGAAUCAGAAUUUAAGAAGGAGAUUAUGGAGAUUGGAAGGAUACAUGAUCAAGAAGAGGAUGAAGAGAAUUACAAGCACCGUGAGUGCAUUAGACAGCUGAGGGAGGAUUACAUGAAGAAGCUGGCUAUUAUGAGGGGUAUGCACAGGAAGCAGUGGAAAGAAUUUCUUCAGCUUGAUAUCCAAAGGCGGCAACAAGCACGUCAGACUGCCUAUAACCAACCAUCUUUGGCUGAGUAUGAUCUGUCUACCAGGAAUAUGCAGUAUCUUGGGUCUAGUUUACAUAUGGAUUCCACAAAUAGAUACCAAUACCCUGGUGAGAACUAUUCAGCUCCAAGGCCACAUGAGGCAUAUGGUGAAUUACAGCGUCAGAGGCAUGAAGAUUUUGGGAAUGCGUAUGGUCGAUACUAAUCAGGAUUGUAUCUGGUGGUGAGUUGAUCUUUUCUAUUUGAUUGUUUCAAAGUUGGAAAGGAAGUUAGAAUCAUGCUUUAACAUUAUUUUCAACGUGAUACCUUUUGUCUAUCUACCUUUGGAAGGACGAAGUUAUUGUUUUUGGCUCUAGCUUGUGAGGUAAGUGCUCGGGUCAGAAUAUUGACCGGCUCUCAAAUUGGAAAGCUUCUGUUAGAUGUCAGUGCAUGCAAAAUCGAUGAUGUCCGACACUUGAGAGUUAUAUGAUGGAUGUCAUUGGUUAUCUGACUGUACUUUUGCCCUAAUACUUUGUGGCCAAAUUUUCAGGGUGCAAUAUGGAAAUUCAAGUUAAAAAGAUUUCUGAUUCUGUGCAGUUUGCAUUUCAGAUACUUCAAGAAAUGCAUUUGCCUUGGAAUGGAGGGUUCAUCACAUUGACAUGAGAUAGAUAUGUAUCUUGCUGGUAGUGAGACUAUCGUUGGUUCUUUGAUUAGAUGUAGUCUAAUCAACACUUCUUUACGCAUGUAGAGAAACUCUCUGAGUCGGUAAUAUUUUUUGGUACUAACUAAGGAAAAGGUUAUGUCGGCAUGAAGUCAUAUAAUACCGAUAAAGGAUGGAAAUCAGGGCAGCCUGCAGUUGUCUUGCCUGUUAUGGCCAUUGUUUCGGAUAAUAUGAUCAUGAACAUGCUGUUUGUGAUUUUUGCAUGGUGACUAGAGACAUAUGGGUGUAUCAUUUAGUUCACAGUUUUGGUGCCAACUGCUACAAAGUUGAUGUGUUCAUGGCACCUAACCUAGGUGCCCGUUAGGUACAUGCUAUGCCUGCUGGAUGUUAGUGUUAUGUGGAUGUGCAAGCUUACCAACAAAGAUUUACCUGCAAUCAGUUUGGUUUGUGUUUGCCCCGUUGUUUUUGCCACCAGAUUCAGCCACAAGUGAGCCUUUUGAUCAAAGUCUUUGGCUGCACAUACAUAAGUCAAUUUCUAAUAUCAUAGAUUGAUUGUGGAGAUUUCUGGGAGAAUCAUCUUAUAUUCCGUUGAAAUUGUCAGUAUUGAUGCUGCUUUUCUCUGUUUUUGAAGUCUGACUGUGUUUUUAUUCGGGUUCUGUCUUCUUUCAUCGCUCAUAGCUCAUCAGAUGUGCAGCGAAUUUUGUACCCACGAUAAACAGUGUUGGAUUAAUAAAACCUUUUAAAUUCCUGA